GUGCAGGUUUGGUUAUGUUGAAGCCGUUUCUGUCGCUGACUCCACCCUCUCUCUCUCUCUCUCUCUCUCUAUUUAUAGGGAAAAACUAUUUAACGCCGAUCGAGUGAGUGAAUGAAAAAUAAACGAUAGAAGAUGCUUCGUGUAGUAGGAGGGGUCAAGGCAGUCGGAGCAGCUCGUGUUCGUACUCUCUCGCCAAUCGUAGCCGCCGCAGACGUUGGUAGCAACCGUCAUCCUUGUGGCUUCACGUACUCGCCUGUGCACUCGAAGACUGAUCAGCCGGCCGCCGAUGGCAUGGACAACCCUCAGAAGCAGCAGCAGACUCUGAAAAAGGGGGACGUGAUGACGAAUUCGUUUGGGGAGGGGUAUUCGACGAGGUCAGACGAAGAGGGGUUUGGCGGAACCUACGGAGAGAACCAGUCUCUUCCCAAUCCUUCCCGCCAGAACGACGUCCCUGAAAACCAUCCUGAGUACGACAGGAGCCAGGGAAGCGAAGUAAAAGAGAAGGAGAAAGGGCGCCAUCAAACCAACGCCAACGGCUGAAUUAGGAUUACCAUCAUCACUUCUUCACGCUUUGAACCAUCCUUAAUCUCUGCUAGGGAUGUUUGGUUCUCUUUCUUCUUCUUCUUCUUCUUCUUCUUCUUCUUCUUGAGUAUGUUCAGAGAGUGGAUUGGGAGAUAAUUAAUGACGAUUUGCGCUAGCUGUAGUAGCUGAACUAUAAAAGAAAAUGUAAUUGUUAUGUCUAAAUUAUUAAUUAUUAUAUGCUGCUAUUAUUGUAAUAUAUAGGCGCAAUGGGUUUGAUUUUUCAUUCCA